AUGUGUUUUUCAACCUUUGUAGGGAUAGCCGAAUCGGGCUGGCUUUUGGUUCGCUACAGCCCAGCAGCUUUUCUCCCGGGCCGCAACCCGUAAAUAUUAUCAUAUUUUGUAUUUUUAUUUUUUCAGAAGUUACAAAAUCAGCUACACCGAAAUAGAAUUUAUUUUUCAUCUAUAUUCCAUUUCCUCCCAAAUUCUUACAUACUUCGGGGAACCACCAGCAGGAAUUUUGGGCUUAUAAUAUUAUGCCAAUAUUAUGAACAUCUCUUGUUCUGAAAGGUAUCUCUUUGCCUGAGUUUGUAUUCUGCCACAUUAUGACCACCAGCCGGCAGCAAGGUUUCCCCUUGCGCUCGUGUCAAACGCCACCGUCCAUUUCUGAAAGAUUUUCGUACAACCGAUACACUCGUGGCAUGGUGGCAGUACAACACUCUCACAAGUCACAUCCUUGGUAAAAUAGGGGAAGUUUGGGGAUCUAAGGAUGAGGAGGGUUUGGUUGUACCAUACUGAAGUUACAUCGGUUUUAGUGGAUAUCUUGUGAUCUUUGUCUUAGCAGCCAGCAGCGACAGGAGGGCGUACAGUGAUACAGAUAGGUGACCGCUAAAUGUGAUAAUCCGGAUUGAAGUGGAGUUACUUUGGCUGGUCUAUUAGACAUGGGCUUUCAUGCUGGCAUUUUUGUGUUGUUCCUUGAAUUCGUUGUUGUGUAGACUGUAGACUAGUGAGAUUAAUGGUGGUGCUUUACUGCUUAUUGUCUGGUGGUGUAUUCUUUUUUCAUAGACAAAGCAAUGGAAACAGAUGAAAAGUUGUGUGGCUUUACAGUCGGCUCUGUGCCUACAGUUAUAUACAUUCCUGAUUUUAUCAAUGAUGCUGAGCAGACCCAGCUAUUCAAUCAUAUCUAUCAUGCUCCUGUUUCAAAGUGGAAAACACUCAAGAACCGGAGGUUACAGAAUUGGGGGGGUGUAGUCCAUGAGAAGGGUCUGAUUAGUCAAGACUUGCCUCCUUGGCUGACCAAGAUAACAGAAAGAAUACAUGAAGAACUUGGUAUCUUUUCUGCUGCACCUAAUCAUGUUCUCAUCAAUGAAUACCUUCCUGAUCAAGGCAUAAUGCCUCACCAAGAUGGACCAGCUUAUUUUCCUGCUGCAGCAAUCUUGUCUCUCGGGUCACCUGUGGUAAUGAACUUCACUCCUCACAUGAAAUUGUCUGAUUGCAAUGGUACAACAGAAUUUGAAGCUGGUGCUCAAAAUUCUGAAAGAUCGGGAACAGAAACAUUGGAUGACCCUAGUAGAUUUUCCCUUCUGCUGAUGCCUGGGAGUCUACUGAUAUUUAAGGACCUUGCGUACUCAGAUUACUUGCAUGGCAUAGAAGAUAAUUCAAUUCAACCUUUUGAUGGGGCUGUGAAUCUUGCUGAAGUUGUUAAGGAUUCUGGAUGUGAUGAACUGUUGUCAUGCCUCAUUGGUUCAGACGCAAGUAGACCGAGAGAUGCCAAGAUUCUACAUCGAACAACUAAGAGGGUUUCAUUGACAUGCCGGUUGGUAUUGAAGGUUCGCAAAAAUUUGAUUAAGAUUUAGAUGAAGGCUGCUAUGCAGCAGUAGUAGUUCGAGAAAGACUAGCUUUCUAUGCAUGUCAUGCGUGCAUGGAUUACUUUGGCAAUUAUUCUUAAAAUUUAUCUAUGUUUUGAAGGAUGUUAUUUAUAAUCAUCAUUAGUAGUAAUUAAUUAAUUAUGAUAUAUAAACACAAAAUAUAUCAAUUACUUGAUGAAGAAGUUGUUUCAAUAGGAAAGCAAAGAAAGAAGAUUGUAUUUAGUGGUUAGAAAUUGUGAUGCGUAUUUAGAUGUAAAGUUCUAUUGCCAAAUCAAAUUUGUCAAUUUUUUUUC